AUUGGUCAUUAUAUUAUAUUUUCAAUCAAAAGGAUACCACUACUUAAACGUCCUUAUUCGUGCUUUUAUGUGACAGCGUGGCUAGAUUAUCACUAUACGGUUCGACUUGUUCUCGCAUUUCCGAGUUCUCCGGAAAAUAACUUUACAGCGCCGGAGAACGUCAACCUUGCACAUUCAUAACCAGAACACUUAAUAACAUGGAUAAAAAACAAGCACAGUAGUUAUCCGGGCUUGUUGUACAACAUGAACAACACUCAACUGUAUACACUCGAGGACUGGAAUGCCGAAAAGUCAAAGGUUUUAACAGUCAACACGGUGAUUCUGGGGUUCUAUCUUCUGAUCGGUGUGCUAGGGAACUCUGUUGUGAUUUAUGUGUAUAACUUCCGAAUGAAGGGGCCUCGAGAUGACAGAUACUUUAUACCCCAUCUAGCUGUGAUGGAUUUGUCUGCAUGUGUUGUAGGGGUGGGAUAUGCCAUGACUUUAAACAUAAUUCCACUGAGAUUCAAAGGAGAUGAACUUUGUAAAAUUUUGUGGUUUGCAUCUCAAGCUACUACAAUGUGUGCAGCAUUUAUGUUGCUCGUCAUUGCAGUACAGCGCUUUUUGAAAGUCGUGAGACCAUUCAAGAAACAAAUGACAAUAAAGACCAAACAUUUCGCAUUGAUAUCAAUUAUUCUCCUUUCCAUUAUCUUAUCAUUGCCUUGCUUUAUGUUCUAUGGAGAAAUUACGAUAGAAAAUCGUCAGCUAAAUUUGGAAGGAUACCGAUGUGGUGCAAGACCAGAUUCUGACAGAACCGCUCUAUUUUUGUAUAACACAGUAUUAUUUGUGAUUGUUGUCGGCGGACUUAUCGCAAUCAGUGUUCUCUACAUCCUGAUAGGACGUACAAUCUACAGACAGCAUAAAUACAGACGAAGAAUUAGCUCCGCAACGUCCGCUGCUAAACGCAGCAACCGAGAUUCAAUGGAAUGGAAUCCACCAUCAGACAGCGGAGGAGUCCCGACUAGAAAGAAGCCACAAAGAGACAGCCUCGAUUUCGAUUCUCCUUUUCUUGAUUCCCUGUCUGAGGCACCCUCGUCACCAGUUACCCCAGUAAAUGAGGAAUCAAGCCCUUUUCAAAAUUCUACAUUUCUCAGUGUUCCAAUGACUACAACCGAAAAGAUCCGAAGUAGUUUUACAGAAAUACAGAAAAAGGCUUUCAAGUCAGCUAUACCAACUGUACGGAAACAUUUUGGAACUCAUCGGUGUUCCUGGAUGUUCAUGUUGAUAGCCGUGGUUUUUGUGUUAUCCUUUAUUCCAAGGAUAACUUUAAAUGUUUUAGAGUCUUUAGAUGACCAGUUUUGGUCUAAUCUAACGGAUCAGGAAAUAGCUUUUUAUUUGUUCCUGUAUCGGUUUUACCUUGUAAACAAUAUAAGCAAUCCUUUCUUUUAUGGACUCUUUGAUCGGGCACUUCGUAAAGAACUUCGAAAAAUAUGUUGUUGUAGGUGUGCAAAAUAGUAGUUUAAAUUUUUAAUAAUUUCAUUGAAUUUUCAAAACCUUUAAUUUUUUAAUGCACAGAUAGCUGAGGUAUAGCAAGCUAAUUAAAUGCU